ACUGGUUUUUGUGUACUAUUGGUCCUCAGGCGUCAAAACAAUCCAGCGGGGCUGCCUGACUUGUUUUAAUUAGGCAGCGCUGAAACGGCAACUGUCUCUCAGACGUGACCAGGCAGAGGUGCUUCUCCCCGCGCACUACUGUAAAUACGGCCGUAAAUACUUCUCUGGUGAUGUCUUUGACAGUAAGCGCCAGCUAGUUGCCCUCUCUACAUUUUUUUUCCUCUUUUUUCCCCCUCACUUUUCAUUCUGUUUUCUGCGACUGUCUCUCCAGUUUUUUUGUUUUUUUUUGCUUGUUUUUUUGUUUUUUUUGUGGUUGGUUUUUUGACAGAGUAUUGCCGUCAGGUUUCUAAGAAUACUUCUUCAAAUGCUUCUUACUGAGGAGAGUGGAUUUCUCUCUCGUUGUUUAAAAGGUUUUAAAUCAUGAUGAUGCAGGAGUCGGCCACAGAGACAAUAAGCAACAGUUCAAUGAGUCAAAAUGGAAUGAGCACCCUAAGCAGCAGCCAAUUAGAGGCUGGCAGUAGAGAUGGGAGAUCAAGCGCUGGUGACACAAGCAGCGAAGUAAGCACAGUCGAGCUGCUGCAUCUGCAACAACAGCAGGCACUACAAGCAGCGAGGCAAUUACUCUUGCAGCAGCCAGGCAGUGGCCUGAAAUCUCCAAAGAGCCAGGACAAGCAGCGUCCACUGCAGGUUCCAGUGUCAGUGGCCAUGAUGAGUCCCCAAGUGAUCACGCCACAACAGAUGCAGCAGAUCCUCCAGCAGCAGGUUCUUUCCCCACAGCAGCUCCAGGCUUUGCUCCAGCAGCAGCAGGCAGUGAUGCUGCAGCAGCAACACCUGCAGGAGUUUUAUAAGAAACAGCAGGAGCAGCUUCAUCUGCAGCUUCUCCAGCAACAGCAUCCCGGCAAGCAGGCUAAAGAGCAACAGCAACAGCAGCAGCAGCAGCAGCAGCUGGCCGCCCAGCAGCUCGUCUUCCAGCAGCAGCUCCUGCAGAUGCAGCAGCUCCAGCAGCAGCAGCACCUGCUUAACAUGCAGCGGCAGGGCCUGCUCUCGCUGCCAGGGCCCGCUCCAGGCCAGGCCACCCUGCCCGGACAGACCCUGCCCCCACCAGGUGGCUUGAGCCCCGCGGAACUCCAGCAGCUGUGGAAGGACGUGACCGGAGGUGGCGGCGGCGGUCACACCAUGGAGGACAACGGCAUCAAACACAGCAGCGGCGGAGGCGGCAUCGGCAGCGCCAACACCGGGACCGGCAUGGUCAGCAGCGGUUUAGACCUCUCCACCAACAACUCCACUUCAACUACCUCCUCCUCCAAUCCUGCCAAAGCAUCGCCACCCAUCUCGCACCAUGCCAUCACCAACGGACAGUCGCCCAUCCUCAACCACAGACGAGAGCGGGAAAGGGAACGCGAGAGCUCACUUCACGAAGAAAGCGGAGGAACCCACCCCCUGUACGGUCAUGGUGUGUGCAAGUGGCCCGGCUGUGAAAACAUGUGUGAGGACUUUGGACAGUUUUUGAAGCACCUAAACAGCGAGCACGCUCUCGAUGACAGAAGCACAGCCCAGUGUAGAGUCCAGAUGCAAGUUGUACAGCAACUUGAAAUACAACUUUCUAAAGAACGUGAGCGUCUUCAGGCGAUGAUGACCCACUUGCACAUGCGGCCCUCAGAGCCCAAGUCAUCUCCCAAACCACUCAACUUGGUGUCGAGCGUCACCAUGUCGAAGAACCUGCCCUCGACGUCGCCCCCGAACUUACCUCAGACCCCCACAACGCCCACAGCCCCCAUCACACCCAUGGCGGCCAUGCCCCAGGUGCCAUCAGUACUGGGAGGAGCCAACGUCCCCAGCAUGGGAGCCAUGCGCAGGCGCCACUCGGACAAAUACUCCAUGCCUUUGUCGUCGGGUGGUGACACAGUAUUUAUUUUUCCAGAGAUUGCCCCAAACUACGAGUUUUAUAAGAAUGCAGAUGUUAGGCCGCCAUUCACUUACGCAACCCUCAUAAGACAGGCUAUCAUGGACUCCGCUGACAUGCAGCUAACGCUUAACGAAAUCUACAGCUGGUUCACGCGCACGUUCGCGUACUUCCGGCGCAACGCUGCAACUUGGAAGAACGCCGUUCGCCACAACCUGAGUCUUCACAAGUGCUUUGUGCGCGUCGAAAACGUGAAGGGGGCGGUGUGGACGGUGGACGAGGUGGAGUAUCAGAAACGCAGGUCGCAGAAGAUCACAGGAAGUCCAUCUCUCGUGAAGAACCUUCCCUCCAGUCUUGGCUACGGAACGGCGCUAAACGCCAGCUUACAGGCUGCUCUGGCGGAGACCUCCCUGCCGUUGCUGGGGACCCCCGGCCUCAUGAGCAGCGCCGCGGGGCCAAUGGGCGGCAGCUGCCACGGCCUGCUUGGCGGUGACCCGUCCGGACCGACUGGCGGCAGCCCGCCCGGACUGUUGGGAGGGAGUCCGCCCGGUUUGUUGGGGAUCAGCCCGCCCGGAACGCUGAGCUGCAGCCCCCCAACCAUGUUGCAGUCUGCCCACGAGGAGCUCAACGGCUCACUCGACCACCUGGACACCAACGGACACAGCAGUCCUGGAUAUUCCCCUCCAGUACACAUGCCACCUGUUCACGUGAAAGAGGAGCCGCUCAACAUGGAUGACGACGACUGUCCGAUGUCACUCGUGACGACGGCCAAUCACAGUCCGGAACUUGAUGAUGACCGGGAGCUGGAGGAAGGAAACCUAUCAGAAGACCUGGAGUGACUAGGAUACGAUUUUUGGUCAAUGUGUCCCACCGUUCUACCGCACUGUUUCUCUUACACAGACCUGCAAGGCUAGAAACCACUCCACCAUCCAAGAACCCACAGCUGACUCUCUUUCUCACCACUGGGACUAUUUAUUGAGCAUGUAUCCGGAUAGAGACCAGUCCAGAGGAACUCUUUGUUGCAGACCUUUUGGAUUCCCCAAACAUGACAGACAUGAGAUGUCUGCUGUAAAAAGAAGACCAAGAAGAAAAAGAAACUCUCUGAGACCUGUUAUAUGUGGGGGGGUGGCGUGGCCACAUACAGUGAAAUGAUGAUGGACUCAUGGAUGGGGGAGGAAACAUGAGACAAAUAAGCAAAUCAUGUUCUGUUGAAAGCUCGCGGCCUCCUAUACUGCCAAAAAAGGAAGACGUUUUAUGUUUGUGAAUAACCCAACCCACAGUAGUUGUUAAUGUCUAGAGACAAUUGCUGGUUCAAUUCAAAUUGUCGCUCUGUUAUCAUUUGCACAGGAGUAGUCUUGGAAAAUUGUGUCACUGCCUGUAUGUUGCUACUAUUAUUAAAAUCACCAUAUUAUUUUUUUCUUUUUUUUUUCUUUUUGUCUUUUUUUUCUUUUUUACCAUUGUUAAUUUCCAGAUCUGAUUUAUAGACACCACCAACUGUAAAUGCCAUCCCUCGAAUCACAACUACAGUACCAAGACUGUUUUCGCAACUGUUAGGAGAAAAAAACAACAACAAAAAAAACAAAGAAAGAAAAAAAAUAACAAGGGAAAAAAAAAAAGUUGGCUUCCAGUCUGUUAUGUGUUUGUGAUUAAAAGUCUAAAAUGAAGUUGGAAAAAUAAUAACAGUUUGUGUAAAAAAAAAAAAAAAAAAAAAAUGCCAUUUACAAAACGAAUGCAUUUCUGCGUAACUUUCCUCUUGCUCUUCUUACCUCGGCGUUCUAAAGCUUUGUCUACCUGCAAACAGUGACAGGCAACAGCUAAAAACCAAAGCCAAACUCUAGCAAUGGCCAAUAGCUUACAGGCAGAAGCCACCAAACUCCUCUUUUUGGUCUCACCUUCUGUGACUUUAAACUAGUUCAAAGAGAAGCUUUUUUUGUUUUGUUUUGUUUUGUUUUUUUCUGUCCACAAACUACCUUGGAAAAACCUCUGGGAUUGUUUCAUUUAGCCCUAUACAAAGAUGGUCAGAGCAGAAACGAGUGUUGAUUCUUCAUGUGUAAUUUGGGAACUCAUAAAAAUAACCAUAAAAGUGGACCAUGACCAAAAUAAUUCAAUAGAAAUGCAAAAACAUCUUAAUGUUGUGAAGGCUAUGUUAAUUUUUUUGUUUGUUUGUUUUUGUUAUUACACAUUGUAACUCAUUGUUUUGUUUUUUUUUGGGGGGGGGGGUUGUUGGGUUUUUUUGCAUACAAACCUGUUGGAUAUCAUUUUGUUUUAGGUGGAACUGUCCGAAUGCGUUCACGUCUUUACUUCCGUGGCGCUUUUUGUUCUGAGCUGCAUCAAAACGAAAGAAAAAAAAACAAACAAAAAAACUGAAAAUAGUACUAACCAAACAUGAAAACUAUCUAGUGAAGCCAAAUAAGUCAUAAUUUCAAGUUAAUAUGAAAUAAUGUGGCUUGGUUAGCAUGGGAAAGCAAACAUAGCCAUUGUGGAAGGGGAAAAUCUAAGGUAACCUUUUCUAGGUGAGAUUUGCUUUAACUUCAUCCAGCGCUCAUUAUGUGGGUUACGGAUUUGAAACUUCACAGGUUUUUACACACAAGUGUAAUCUGGAAAAGGUUGUCAGCUUUUUACGAUUCACUUUGUACUUAUAGAAGAAGAAGUACUUCCUGUUGUUUUCCUCCUCUAAGCCUGCAUUGAGUGCUGGUCAUUUCGCCCCUUCACCAUUUCGUACUUUUGCAGUUUCGGUCGUUUCGCACCCCGACUUUUUCAGGACCAAAAUGGUACCAUCUGCUGGUGGAAAUUUUGUAUCGACCAUGCACCAAUUUCUAUCCACUUUGAUGACCAAAAGUGAUUUUAUUUAAUUCACUCGUAGUCUGUCGUAAGGAAGUGAGGUUAUUUGACUUCAGUGUCUACCAGCAGGUGUAUUUUAUGAGUCAACUGGCAAAAUGCUGGCACAACCACAAACAAUAGGAAAAGAAUGCAAUUGAAUCAAAUUACAAGUGAGAUUUGACACUUUUUGACCAUUUUAUGUUGACAUUUUAUGGAGUUUACUGAACAAUAACUUAAAACAAUCUCAUCCAUCCAUGAACUUUGUUGCCACCAUGUUGGUAGGCAGAAUUGCCUAAGACAUGACGGGGAAGGGGUAUUUUUUUUAUUUUUUACAUAUCUUGCAAUGGUUAUUUCAAUUUUGGGAUAAAGGAUGUUCCAAUCAUAAAGGCAGUUCAGCAAAGUCCACUUUUUACUACAUCCUAGCAGUCAGAACUUGUGAAAGACCUCAAACGGAGAAGUUAAUUUCAAGUCUGGCUUGGAAUUCAUUGUUUUAUUUUUAUCCAAACAGCAGUUUAGUUUCUAUUGGAUUGUCUGGAAGCCAUAGUUAUUGUGAUUGCCUAGUACUGAGCUUGCCUAUCAACAUGGCGGUCCACGCCCGGUUCAGAUGUGCCGUAACUAUGUAUUGAAAAGGGGAGACAGGAGGGUUAGGAAUGACGAUGUGUCGGUACGAAAUGGUAAAGGGGAAAUGUGACUCCCAAAGUGUUGUUGCUUUAAUGGUCAUUUCUGUUUUCAGCAAACCAAAGUUACACAAAAUUCUGCCUCCUCUUGAACAGGUUAAGCAGUAAAACUCACACUUAUGCCCCAUUCAAGUCUGGCAUGAAGACAUACAGAGACCAGGUGGUCAGCUUUACCGUCUUUCACAUACAUAAUGGCUUUUUAAAAGAGCGACUCGCUAAGCUUCGUUCUGAACCAAAAUCUGAACCCCACUGUGCGUCCGUUACUUUUGAGUUGUCAGGCCAGAGCUUAAAACACACACUGUACAAAAGCACUGCUUGUAGGCACAUCCUCACGCACCUGAGAGCCGGUGCCGCGUCGAGAGGCCAGGAGUCCCAAUGCCGACUCCUGAGGGAGGGAUAGAAAGGACGUUCUUAAUAAUCUUAUUCACACCAAAUAAAAAGGGCGCUUCGUCUUUCAUUCAAAAGAAAAAAAAAAAAAAAGGGUUCUCCCACUUAUCCCUCCGCCCCCCCAAAAAACUGGCUUUCCAAAAGCUUCUACCUCUGCACAACAACUUCAGAACGACCACAACAGAUUGCACGAGUUUCGAGAGCUGUCCCACUUCCCCCACUGCUUGUCUUUCAUAGGAUGUGGCUCAAUACCAACGUUUACAUUCCCUGCGUCAGGAUAUACGGAGGAGUCGCAUUGUGAUAGGUUGUCUGCAAACAUUUGUAGAAUGAUAAUGUAUAGAUUACCUGUAAGGGGAAUAUUGUGUUUUUAAAAAUGCAUGUCUAAAAAUCAUUUGGUGGACUGGAAACAAAAGAAAUACGACAAAACUCAUCGGGACGAUGGCCUACGUGUUGCAAUGCAUAGGAGUGCAUUACCUCAGAGGGAUAAAACCUGUCAGCCACAGAAUGCAUAUUACCUGUAGAUUUGCAUGGGUUUUGUACAAAUUAAGUAAAAUGAAAAAAAAAAAAAGUCUAAAAUAGUUGCUUGCACAUAAUACCAGAAAGACCUCCAGAACUGCGAUCUGCUCCUCCACUAGAUUUUAGGAUUGUCUGGAUUUUCUGGGUUGAUUUUUGUCUGUAUUUUGAUAACUGUGCAUACUUAUGUAAAAAGGAAAAAAGAAAAAAAAAUCAUGUCGGUGGACCCAUAAAAUUUACCAGACUUUUUUCUAAGACGGGAAAAAAAGAGAGUUCUGUGUUUCUUUUCUGACUUACCUGAAUUUUUACUGUUUCUCUCUCAUUGCUCGCUAAGAAUAGCAAACCUGCUUUUUCUGCAUCUGCUUUGCGUAGCUGUAAGGCUUUAACCUAAUGUGUGUAUUUAUUGCUUGUACCUCUGUGCAUACUUUAUGAAGCAUUAUGUCUGGCAGUUGAGUCAUGUAUCCUUUCUACUGCUAUCCUUCUCUAAUAAUUGAGAAUAUGAUCCUCCCUCCCCCCCUGUGUAUACAGUAAAUUGGGACUGUAGCAAACAUAUGUUUAUGUAAUUGGUGAUUUUUUUGUUCUUAUUCUCUUUUACUUUAAUCGAGAUUCAACAACCUUUUUUUUUUUAUACUUCUCAUUCCUGUGUACUGUGUCCAUAUGUUAAAGGUUCCCUGACAUUAGAAGGUCAUGGUUGAGAAUUGUAACAGACAUUAUUUUCUGUAUUCAUGGCAUUUCACUGCUGAAUAAAAUAAAGGACCAAAACUUGGAA